AUGGGCCUCCAGCUCCCAGCGGGGGCCCAUGUAUCCCAGACGAUUCUCGUGGUCGCGUUGCACAUGUACCGUACCACGCUGUGUGCCCAGUUCGCCGACCCCAUUCCUCCUCUUUUCCCCACUUGCCGUCGCCGACUCGCCGUCGACGCCGACGGAGACAAGGGUUUCGGCAGCUCUCGUCUCCCGCUCUCUCCGGCGCUUCCGGUUGUAUUGGGGCCUCUCCUCCCGCGGCAGGCUGGAGGCUAUGGCGCUGGCGCUCGGUAA